AUGGGAGACAGCGAAGGGCAUCUGCUUGUCACCGUCAUCCUGGUGAACAAUGAGCACAGCCAGAAUCGCAUCAGAGGAGCUGAUCACCUGGCCCGGAGCCGCCACGUGGGAUGCACACUCUCACGCCAGACCCCUUUCUUGCCUGCUCCUCAGCACCACUUGCAGUGGCCAGGGGCUCCCAGGAGGGCUCGAGAGCCUGAAGACAGCUGGGCCUUACCCUGGGAGCUGCCAAUUCGUCAUUCCGUUCCAAACAUUUAUCUGCAGUACUCAGCUGUCAUCAUGGGCUGCAUGGGCGACAGUGAGACCGUCUGGAGUGUGGUUGGGGAAGUGCCAACGCCCACGGCACAGCGUGACCAGAAUCAGGAAGUGAGGCCCCCGCCCGUGAAGGAGAGGGGUCUCGACCACCGCAUGGGUCUGGGCCAAGAGCGGAGUUCCUCAGGAAUGUCCAGAUCACAGGGCUGCUUCGGUUACCCCCUGAGCAUCUUCUUCAUCGUGGUCAAUGAGUUCUGUGAAAGAUUUUCCUACUAUGGAAUGAGAGCGCUCCUGAUUCUGUACUUCAGACGGUUCAUUGGAUGGGACGAUAAUCUGUCCACGGCCAUCUACCACACGUUUGUGGCUCUGUGCUACCUGACGCCCAUUCUUGGCGCGCUGAUCGCGGACUCCUGGCUGGGAAAGUUCAAGACGAUCGUGUCGCUGUCCAUCGUGUACACAAUCGGACAGGCGGUGAUUUCAGUCAGUUCCAUUAAUGACCUCACAGACUUCGACCAUGACGGAAUCCCUGACAACCUCCCCACACAUGUGGCACUGUCCAUGAUUGGCCUGGCCCUGAUAGCUCUGGGAACCGGAGGAAUAAAGCCCUGUGUGUCUGCGUUUGGUGGAGACCAGUUCGAAGAGGGCCAGGAAAAACAAAGAAACCGAUUCUUUUCCAUCUUUUAUUUGGCCAUUAAUGCUGGAAGCUUGCUUUCUACUAUCAUCACUCCCAUGCUCAGAGUUCAACAAUGUGGAAUUCACAGUAAACAAGCUUGCUACCCACUGGCAUUUGGGGUCCCUGCUGCUCUCAUGGCCAUAGCUCUGAUUGUGUUCGUCAUUGGCAGUGGAAUGUACAAGAAGUUUCAGCCCCAGGGUAAUGUCAUGGCUAAAGUUGUCAAGUGCAUUGGUUUUGCCCUCAAAAAUAGGUUUAAGCAUCGGAGUAAGGAGUUUCCCAAGAGGGAGCACUGGCUGGACUGGGCUAAAGAGAAAUAUGAUGAGAGGCUCAUCUCUCAAAUUAAGAUGGUUACGAGGGUGAUGUUCCUGUAUAUCCCGCUCCCAAUGUUCUGGGCCUUGUUUGACCAGCAGGGCUCCAGGUGGACGCUGCAAGCCACAGCUAUGAGUGGGAAAAUUGGACUUCUUGAAAUUCAGCCGGACCAGAUGCAGACCGUGAACGCCAUCUUGAUCGUCAUCAUGGUCCCCAUUGUGGAUGCCGUGAUAUAUCCUCUGAUUGCAAAAUGUGGCUUCAAUUUCACCUCUUUGAAGAAGAUGACAGUUGGAAUGUUCCUGGCUUCCAUGGCUUUCGUGGUGGCGGCAAUUGUGCAAGUGGAAAUUGAUAAAACUCUUCCAGUCUUCCCCAAACAAAACGAAGUCCAGAUUAAAGUACUGAAUAUAGGAAAUGAUAACAUGACUGUAUAUUUUCCUGGAAGCGCGGUGACGCUUGACCAAAUGUCCCAGACAAAUGAAUUUAUGACGUUUGAUGUAGACAAACUGACAAGUAUAAACAUCUCUUCUACUGGAUUACCCAUCAUUCCAGUAACUCAUAAGUUUGAGCAGGGCCAUCGCCAUACCCUGCUAGUGUGGGCCCCCAAUAACUACCGCGUGGUAAAGGAUGGCCUUAACCAGAAGCCAGAAAAAGGAGAAAAUGGCAUCAGAUUUAUAAAUAGUUUCGAUGACAGCUUCAACAUCACAAUGGAUGGAAAAGUGUAUGUGAACGUCACCAGUCACAAUGCCAGCGAAUAUCAGUUUUUUCCUUUGGGCGUAAAAAGCCUUACGCUAAGCCCAACACAACAGACUCCACCACAGUGUAAGAAUGAUUUCCAAUCAUCCAACCUGGAAUUCGGUAGUGCCUAUACCUAUGUAAUCAGAAGGAAGAGUGACGGCUGUGCUGAAUUGCACAUGUUUGAAGAUAUUGCACCCAACACAGUUAACAUGGCUCUGCAGAUCCCACAGUAUUUCCUGAUCACCUGCGGUGAAGUGGUUUUCUCUGUCACGGGAUUGGAGUUCUCAUAUUCUCAGGCCCCCUCCAACAUGAAGUCGGUGCUUCAGGCGGGAUGGCUGUUGACAGUGGCUGUCGGCAACAUCAUUGUGCUUAUUGUAGCAGGAGCAGGCCAGUUCAGCGAACAGUGGGCUGAGUACAUUCUGUUUGCGGCCUUGCUUCUGGUUGUCUGCGUGAUAUUUGCCAUCAUGGCCCGUUUCUAUACUUACAUCAAUCCAGCGGAGAUCGAGGCUCAGUUUGAUGAUGAUGACAAGAAAAAGAGCCUGGAAAAUAUCUAUUCCACGGUGACUCCCGUCUCACAGACGCAGAUGUAAAUGUCAGGAAGCAAGUGGAGGAUGGACUGGGUCCGGAACAUGCCCUGGCUUCUGUCCCCUGGUGGCAGGACACUGAUGGGGAAGACUUCAGAAUUGCGAACCAAGAAAGCUCUUUUCUAAAAGCUGCCAGCAGUUUACCUAAAAGUCUGGAAGAAGUCUUUUUUUUUUUUUUUUUUAAAGAAAAGUCAUAUUUAAAGCAUGCACACAUACACACAUACAUACACUUCUACAACCAUGAGUCUAUAUCCUGCCUUUAACUCCUUUUCUACCACAUGAAUGAAGUUAUUUUGGACUAAACUUUUUGAAAGGGUGGCAAAGUUCCAUAUUGUUUGCAUUCCAGCACUCUUUGAAAACACUGUUCGAUGCGGCAGGAGCCAAUGUGAAAAAGUGAAUUUACAGGCUUUAGAAUGGAAUAUAAUAAGCACCGGCUAGUAUUAACUGAUAACUUUACCUUUUGUUUUUUGUUUUGUUUUUUCCAUUCCCUACCUCUUUAAAUUUUGUGUGACUCAAAAGACCACUCAGGUAAAGGCCAGUAAUGACUUUUGGAGUUUCAGGAAUGUAUGAAAUACCUUCCUGUUCUUAAGAGCAAGUGUCUGUGUGUUCUGGGGGUAGGAUAAGAAAUCCUUAACAUGGGUCCUGAUUCUAAAAGUCAUGUACACUCAAUAAAAUGUCAUCAGAGGUUGAUAAAAGUAUGAACAAAAGCAAUGCCCACGUACAAUAAAUUCCAGGAACAUGAAAUAUAAGGUUUAUUUCUUCCCAGUCCUAUUUUUCCCAGGGAUAUAGAGGUUUCUACGUGCAUAUUUAUGUACCAUCUUGUUUUUCUUGAUACUCAUAAGCAUUUCUCUGCUGGAACAAAAAUUCUUGUAGAGAGUUAUAAAGACUUCGUGCUUGAUUCAUCCUGUAAGUAUUUAUCUCAGGUUAUCAGACCCAGAAAAUUCUGCUUUGUCACUCCUACAAAAACAAACUUGUGUACAGCUCUGAAUGUUGGAACUUGCCCCUGUAAUCGAUUAGGAGGAAGGGCCUGGGCCAGGCUUCCAAGAUGCUUCGUGCACAAGCUCAUCAUUGCACGACGGACACUGAAGGAAGAGGAGGCUCAAAAACCCAGAGUGAGAAACAAUGUGACUCUCAAACCUUGCUGAAGACCCUUAGGAUCAAGUCCUCAUUCAUUAAUUGAGGCCCACGAGGCUUUUUCUUCUCAUGACACAUCUCCUUUCUCUCUGAUCACUCCAAUCCAACCAACAAUGACCCUCUUCUGGAAAGCGUCAAGUUCUCAUUUCCAGGUCAGAAGAAAACUCAGGUCCUGAGACACAUACUCUCUAACCACCCUUUUCCCUUUUCCCACCCCCGGCUGAAUCCUCUUGAUUUUCAGGAUUCAGGCCACAUCCCCCAGGAGUUUUCCCAUCCCCAGCCCGGCCGUCCACCCACUGCACUCACGCCGUUCGCCCUGUCCAACUCUGCCUAGGCUGAAAGCUCUUGUGUGUGUCUCGUUCUCCAUUCAUUCUCUGCAACAUAGUGGGCCUCAACGUGCUCCCCUCAGGCUGGGAGGGGUAUGCUGGUAGAGGCAGGGAACUGAAUGUUCAACAGUGAGGGGAAUGAGCCUAAUGAACGAAGUCUGGCAUGAAAGAGUAGCU